CUGUGUUCUGUAAUCCCCGCGUUGCAAGGUGAGUCCCAAGAAGUUAUCCAAUGAAAUAAGACACUGGAUCUACUUCACCAAGGAUAAAAACCAACUGGAAAAAACCGGAAACAAGGGAGGAGUUUCACCUAGCAAUAUGGGAUGAGAAACACACACAACCACAGGAGAACAAUUACUUGCUGAUCAUAUGAACUGAAGAACGUAGUGUAAAAUGAUCACUAUACUCAAGGAUUCUCAAACUGCUGCAGCGACAUCUAACUUUAUUAAUCCUUAUGCUAUAGAUGUGAUCCAGACCAAGAGAAAAGACCUGGUUUAUGGGAUUUCACACACUGAGGAUAUACUAGAUCUCCUUGUCACUGAGGGGGUCCUGACAGCAAUGAAGAGAUCUAUUGUUUUAACCAUCAGAGGUCGUAAAGAUCAGAAUUCCAGGGUCCUGGACAUGCUGGAGGCCAGAGGUGAAAGGGCCUGCCGGAUCUUUUUCCACCCUUGUCUAAUGUUGGCCGAACCUGAUCUGUAUCAGCAGAUCAAAACUUAUUUGGGAAAUGUAAAUGAACGUAUUCGAGACACAAGGAGACAGCUGAUUGGAUAUUUACUGGAGAGGGAGCAAGAGGCGACAAUGACAAUUACAAAUUACAGAAUGGGCGCUCAGAGGACCCGUCAUUCUUUUGUUAUAAAAGAAACUAAAGGAUCAGACAUUAAAAAGAGAGAAGAAAAAUCCUCAUUCCCACUUCUAAAACCUGAUGAGACAAAACUAGUUCAAACAAAAUCAGAAAAUGACAUUCACGCAAUCGUUUCCAAAGGGGAGUUGAAUUUGCUGGAGGAGCUGCUAAAUGAUAUUGAUGUCAACAGUGUCAAUUCUUCUAUGGAGACACUGUUGCAUGUUGCCGCUGAGAAUGGCCACCUGUCCAUAGUGGAGGUUUUACAUCAAAGAGGAGCCUCUCUGGAUCUGCAGGAUGAAAACAACCAGACAGCUCUUCACAGAGCAGCCAGCAGGGGUCACUCUGAGAUAGUCAAAGCCCUCCUACAGGCUGGAGCUCCCAUGUACACUAUGGAUCUGCAAGGUAAAACUCCAGUUCACCUGGCUGCAGAGAAUGGGCAUCUGGAUACGGUGAGAGUCCUUUUGAAGGAGGAGGCCGAUAUGUGUGAGAGCUGCACACGGGACAUGUUCUUGCACAUGGCAGCCAAGGAAGACGACUGGAAGCUGACUGAGCUGCUGCUACAGAGUGGGGCUGCUGUUGAUGCACAAAAUGACCAAAAUAAAACAGCUUUAUUUUAUGCAGUGGCUGGAGGUCAUGACAAGACCCUCACCGUUCUUCUAAAUGCAGGGGCUAAAGUGGACAGAGAUGUUAUGAAUGAAGCCAUUAAGCUCAAUCAAGAAUCAGUCCUGAAACUCUUGCUUGACAAUACCAGACGAACUUUGAGUGAAGAUGUUCUGAACUCUGCACUCUUCUCAGCUGUUAGACACAACCGCAAUGCUGUGCUAACCACUCUGAUUGACAGUGGAGCAAAUGUAAACAUAUGUGACAAACAAGGAUACACUCCUGUCCUGUUGUCGGCUGAGCUGGGUCACACAGAAGUCUUCAGUGUGCUAACAGUAAAACAAGCUAAACUGGAUGCUGCUUUACCUGACCUCUCAUCUGCUUUGCAUCUGGCUGUCCAAGGUGGUUGUGUGCCCAUAGUGGAAAAACUGUUAGAAAAGGGGUUAGACCCCAACAUUAUAGGGUCAAAAGCACAGACACCUCUGCACCUGGCAGCUGUGUUUAAUAGGUCAGAUUUAGUUGGCCUACUGUCAAACGCUGGAUCAAAGGUAAAUGCAGUAAACCAAGAUGGGGCAACACCUCUGCAUUUAGCCAGUCAGCAGGGAAAUGACCAAACAGCAGUCCAGCUUAUUAAAAGAAAGGCAGAUUUAGAAGCCGUGGACCGACAGGGGAGGACAGCCCUGCACUACGCAGCUGCUGCAAGAGGAAAAAACCAUGUGGUGGACGUGUUACUGUCGACUAAAGCCAAUGCAGACACCCCUGAUAAAGCCAAAAAAACUGCCCUCCACCUGGCAGCCAUGGAGGGGAAUGUAGAUGCUGUGACAUCACUGUUGUCCCACAAAGUGAAGGCAGGUGCUAAAGACAUGGAUGGUUCCACACCUUUACAUUACGCAGCAGCAGGUGGGUUUGUCAGCAUAGUUUCACUUCUCCUCCAAUCACUGAAAAAGAAAGGGUUGGAGGAGAGGAAUGCAUGGAGGAAAACACCACUUCAUGCUGCAGCAGAGAAGGGCCAUGAUAAUGUGGCUGUGCUGCUGCUGGAGGCCGGGGCCAAGAUCAACACCACAGAUCACAAUAAAGACACGCCUCUGCAUUGUGCUGCACAAGGAGGUCAUCUGGAGAUGGUGAAGAGACUUGUAGGUUGGGGACAGAGCAGCCAGAUGGGAAAGCAGAAGAAAGUGAACCUGCAAGCCACGAACAAAGUAGGAAAAACACCACUGCAGAUCGCAGAGACCGGAGACACACCACAACAUGAGAGCAUUGCAACUUUACUCAAGAGGAAGAUGUUUCUGAUAAAGUAAAGUGAGAUAAACAGGAAAUGAGACUCAAAUUAUGACAGGGAUAAGAUCUUUUAUCUAUAAGUUCGUGCAUUUAGGAUCCAGAUAAAGCAAAACAUUGCUUCAUAGUAAUGACAGUAGUUGCUCAAGUGAAGUAUGAAAUAGUUUCUGGUUAUUUUUUUCCUACUAUGCAUGCCACAAAUUGAAUCUGACAAUGUGCCGCUUUUUAAUUUAUUUUGAUGAGUUUUAUGCCUUUAUUUAAUAGUUUACAGAAGAGAUAAGGGAUUAAAUUAAGCUUCUGCAAUGCCAGUCUCAUGCAAGAAUCACAAAUUAGCUCUAAUUUAGAAGAUUCUCAGCAUGAAAUACAGCCUAUUACUAAACAAUUAUGUAUUUCAUCAUUUUUAACUGGUUUGGAGUUUGGACAUCCAUUAGACAUCAGAAUUUCUUGACAUUUUGUUGACAUAGCUUUUGACACCACUUGCAUUCAUGAUGUUUACAUGGCAUCAUUUACACAGCUUU